UUUGUGGGUUCAAAAAGCUUGUAUGAAGAGUUAGAACUCUAUUUUUUUUUAAACUCUAAAACAGCCAAAUAACUAAUCGUUAUUUAUCAAAUACUUUUACACAAUCAACUUAUGACAAUCAUCCAAUUAAUCUAGUUAAUGCAAACCGCUAACAAUCUAUAGAUUAUUUCAAAAAAAAAAAUAAAAAAAUCUAUAAAUAAAAGCUAAUUGUCAAACAAUGCCAAAACUUCAAAAAUAAUAAUUCAAAAAAAAGGCCAAAGGGAUUAUGUACAUAGCUUAUGGGCCACACUUUUAUACUCUUGAAUCUUUACUCAUACCAAGCCCAAAACCAAAAACAAAAAUAGCAAAAACACACCUAAAUUUCAUCUCCGUCCUCUUUCACUCACUCACUCACUCACUCACCCACUACUUCUUCUCCACACUUCACCUUAUCUUUCUUUAUCCCCAUUUCUCAACAACAAUGUCAGACAACAAUCAAACUCCCCCAAUUGACCAACCCCCUCAACAACAAGAUGACAAAGAACAAGAAGAUGACCCAGAUGAUUCCGCAAACGAAGACGACUCAGACUCAGAUUCAGACUCAGACUCCGACUCCGACUUCGAACCCGACGAAAACGACACCGAUGGACCCACCCAAAAACAAAAGAAGCGACAAGCAUACUACCGCCGCGCCGGCGAGUUCGACGACAUAGCCGAAGGCGACUACUCUGCCGAAGCUAAUAUUAAGCGGUUCGCCCGCGCAUACCAGUCCCGCCGAUUCAAACAAGCGCUACAAAAGGAAGAAGAUGCAAUCGAAUAUGAAGAUGACUUGUUCAAUUUUCCAAAUGAUGGGGAGAAUUGGAGGGAAGAAGACCUUAAAGAGUUAUGGGCUGAUGCACCUCUUGAGAUGACUAAACCUGGGUGGGACCCAGCUUGGGCUGAUGAUGAUGAUUGGGAAGUUGUUAAGAAGGAAGUUCGAGAAGGUCGUGACCCUCCAAUUGCUCCCUUUUAUGUUCCUUAUAGAAAGAGUUAUCCUGCUAUUCCUGAUAAUCAUCAUGAUAUUUCUACUCCUAAGUCUGUUAUUGAAGAAUUGGAUCGGAUUGAAGAGUUUUUGAGAUGGGUUAGCUAUGUUUUUCCUGAUGGAAGCUCGUAUGAAGGCACUGUGUGGGAUGACUUGGCUCAUGGAAAAGGUGUUUAUGUUGCUGAGCAAGGUCUAGUCAGGUACGAGGGAGAAUGGCUUCAAAACCAGGAGGAGGGACAUGGGGUUGUUGAAGUCGAUAUACCUGAUAUAGAACCUAUCCCUGGUUCCAAACUUGAAGCACAAAUGCGAGCUGAAGGGAAAAUCAUAAAGAGAGAUUUUAUGAGCCCAGAAGAUAGAGAAUGGCUGGAGAUGGAUAUUGAAGACAGUGUUCGUCUCACUGAUGGGAAUUAUGAAAUCCCAUUCUACGAGAAUGAUGAGUGGAUAAGACAAUAUGGAAAGAAGCCGGAAAAAGGUCGGUAUCGUUAUGCUGGUCAGUGGAAGCAUGGCAGAAUGCAUGGAUGUGGUGUGUAUGAAAUGAAUGAACAACCCAUCUAUGGACGGUUCUACUUUGGUGAGAAAAUGGAGGAUCCUGCUGGUUGUACUGAAGAAAUUUCCACAAUGCAUGCAGGCAUAGCUGAAGUUGCUGCAGCCAAGGCUCGAAUGUUCAUUAAUAAGCCUGAUGGAAUGGUUAGGGAAGAAAGGGGUCCAUAUGGUGAUCCUCAACAUCCCUAUUUUUAUGAGGAAGAGGAUGUGUGGCAGGCUCCAGGUUUCAUCAACCAGUUUUACGAAGUUCCUGAUUACUGGAAAACUUACGUGCAAGAAGUGGAUCAAGAAAGAGAAAUGUGGUUAAACUCUUUCCAUAAAGCACCAUUAAGACUCCCAAUGCCUGCAGAAUUAGAAUACUGGUGGGAAAAUGAACAACCUCCAGAAUUUGUUCUUCUAAACAAGGAGCCUGAGCCUGACCCUAAUGAUCCAUCUAAGCUUGUUUAUACUGAGGACCCCGUCAUAAUGCAUACACCAACUGGACAAAUAAUCAAUUACAUUGAGGAUGAAGAACAUGGUAUCCGCUUGUUUUGGCAACCACCUCCGGGAGAGGCUGAAGAUGUUGACCCAAAAAAGGCCAAAUUCUUACCUCUUGGGUUUGAUGACUUUUAUGGACGUGAGACAGAGGAAGAAAGAGAGGGCUUAUGGAACCGGUUGAUAGGUUCAAUAGAGAAAUCGUGUAAACCCAUGUUUGAGAAGCUAGAAAAAUGGACUGAUGAGCAAAAGAAAGCCAGUGAAAUAAGAAAGCAGCUCUUAGAGCAGGAGCUUGAAUUGGUAGAGGCUGAACUGACCUUGGAGGAGGCCCUUGAAGACAUGGAAGAGGCGUUGAAACAACAAGAAAAGGAGGCAGAGGAGAAAGUUGACAUGGAUGUUGAGGAAGAGGGUGAGUCGAUUUCUCCUUCUGUUGAGCAGGAAAAAAUUUCACCAAAGAAGGAGACCAAAGUUGAAGUUGAAGAUGAAGAGGAAGAGGAAGAAGAAGAGGAUGAAGAUGAUGAUAUAGCUCCAUCAAGUUUUGGGUCUGUUGCAGACCCAAAGGACAAGAAAAAUGGAUCUGAGAGGUCUCCAUUCUCCACACUUUCGUUUGCGUCGUCUGGUUUGCUUUCAACGGUUCCAUCAAUGGUUGAGAAAUCAUUUUCAGUGUGGAAGAAGGAAAGACCUUCACUGAAAAUUCCACAGGCAUCAUGUAGCAGUACCAGUGGGUGUAUGGAUCAUUCUCCUACAGUCACUUUUCGCCAAGCAUUCCCAGAAAAUAUGACUUUGAGAGCAAAAGCUCAGGCUGAUCAAAAGUUCCGGGUGAAACGAGUUAAAAAAUUGUUUGCUACAUCACGGACAUCCUCUUCUCAGGCAACAUGCUCCAAUAAUCGCCUCAAAGGGUGUAGAUCUUGGGAGCUUCACUGGUUGAGUGCAUCACCAAAGAGAAAAGCAGACGAAAUAUUGUCGUUACACAUACCACUUCAAUGCUUGGAUAAUGCAUUGGAUAUUGCUCUGCAUUAAUGAAGUGAUACCAUUUUGAAGUAGAAUUUUUUGAAGGCUGUAAUUUGUUAUCUGAGAUGAGUUGAGUUCCUAAUCAUGUAUGACUCGGCCUCGGGAAGUAAUAGCUGUAUUUUAGGAAUUACUCUUGUUUAUUGCAGAAUUGUUGUGUAUCAAGAUAUAAUGCAAAUUUGAUCAAUUAUAUUUAAUUUUAUUUGUUAUUUUUGAGAGGUAAAAGGCAAUGUUUCACACAUUA